CUGAUGCUGGUUACACGGAUGUUUUAUGUUUUUAAUUACAGUACUCUGUUAACAUUCUGUAUGACCACUCGUGUCUGUGUUUAUUUUGUUGUAUGAGUUUUAAUUGAUUUUACAAUGUUUGUGGAAAUGCCAAUGGUGGCAAGAUGUUGUUUCUGCGCACCCCUUAGAUACGGACUUUUGAUAUGGGCUUAUAUUAAGUUGGUAACAAGUAUACUAGCAUUUGGCAUAACUCUAGUGUGGAUGUUUCUUUGCUUUUUACGGUUUGGACCGUUUAAUGUGGAUGAGAUUUUUUUACUGAUAUUGAUUGUCUCUACCCUAAUUAGCCUGAUAUCUGACAUAUUCUUCAAUUUUGUACUUAUUUUGGGCACUCAUAAGAAAAACCGAUCAUUAUUGUAUUUAUAUUAUCGUUAUGCUUUCGCUCACGCUGCUAUCUUUUUGGUGCUGGGAGUUUUAUGGAUUGCAUAUGCGAUUGUGGAGAAUGGAAAACCAUUGAGCCAGCCUGACUCUGUUAUAUAUAUUCUGUGUGUGAUCUUAUCAGUUAUCGUUCCUUUAAUUUUACAUGUCUAUCUCUUCAUAGUGCUACGAAGUGAGUUACACAAAUUGGAGGCAAAAGAACAAAUUAAGUUUGAUCCAAUCACAGAGUACAAGGCGCGGAAAGAGCAUACCAUAGAGCAAAAGCCGAAUCUGGAAAAUUAGAGCUUUUAUAACACUAUAUUUCAAUUUAAAAUAAUAUAGUUUAUAAAUAAGAAAAGUGUUUUAUUGUAACAUCCUGUAGAUUUACAAAUUACUAGGGACGGCAAAUUAAUAACACGCGACCACUACAUAAAUGGAUAGGCGUUUGUUUGGAAAUGAAAGCUUUUGUUUCUUGAUUUAAACGCGCCUGAUGAUGUUAUAAUACUUAAUAUUAUCUAUAUUACUAGUGUAUAUUAUUAGUAGGAAUCUACACCGUUACAAAGCGGUAACCGGUACCAUCAGCGCCAAAAUGGCGAAAAUCAAAUAGGCACAAAAUACUACGUCUUAUAGCCAGUCCAUUAAUAGAGGUCCACAAAUACACAAAUUAGGAGUAGCUUAAUUUUUGCAUAGAUUUGUGAAU